AUGGGGAGUUCGGGUCGUAAAAAGCUGGGAUUUGAGGAAGGUGCAGAAAGGUGCUUGGGCGAUAUGUCUGCCUACGUGAAAAAAAUUCAAUUCAAGUUGCAUGAAAGCUAUGGUAAUCCUUUAAGAGUUGUUACCAAACCACCAUACGAAAUCACCGAAACAGGCUGGGGUGAAUUUGAAAUCAUCAUUAAGAUAUUUUUCAUUGAUCCAAAUGAAAGACCUGUAACCUUGUAUCACUUGCUGAAGCUUUUUCAGUCUGAUACCAAUGCCAUCCUGGGAAAGAAAACUGUCGUUUCUGAAUUCUAUGAUGAAAUGAUAUUUCAAGAUCCCACUGCAAUGAUGCAGCAGCUGUUAACAACGUCUCGUCAACUAACGCUAGGUGCUUAUAAGCAUGAAACAGAGUUUGCAGAUCUUGAAGUGAAAACCAGGGAAAAGCUGGAAGCCGCCAAGAAGAAAACUAGUUUUGAAAUUGCUGAGCUUAAAGAAAGACUAAAAGCAAGUCGUGAAACCAUCAACUGUUUAAAGAAUGAAAUCAGAAAACUUGAAGAAGAUGAUCAGUCUAAAGAUAUGUGACAAGUGUUCACUUGAUAAAGAGCCUCUUCUGAAAAUGGAAGGACUUCAGUCAUGGAAUUGUAUGUGUUCUCUUCAGUUCUGUAACUGAGACUACGUGAAUUUCACUUCCAAAUGAUUGAAGUAUGUGGCAAUCGACUACAUAAAUGGAAGAAAAAAGAAAGAAUGUAUCCUUGUUUUAUAGUUAAAAUCUGUGGGUACUUAAUGAUUUAUUUCAAAUAGAAGGGGUCUUGGAAACCAAACUACGUUUCUUUUUUUUUUUUUUUUUGUUAAACUGCCUUUAGGUGGUAUGUGA